GUCAGAGCGUGUGCUCACUUCCGGCCAGGGAGCGCGCGGGUUGAUUCGUCCUUCCUCGGCAGCGGGUGCUUGCAGCUCGGAAAUGGCGGGAUUUGGUGCUAUGGAGAAAUUUUUGGUUGAAUACAAGAGUGCAGUUGAGAAGAAACUGGCAGAGUACAAAUGUAACACCAACACAGCAAUUGAACUCAAAUUAGUUCGUUUUCCUGAAGAUCUUGAGAAUGACAUUAGAACUUUCUUUCCUGAAUAUACCCAUCAACUCUUUGGGGAUGAUGAAACUGCUUUUGGUUACAAGGGUCUGAAGAUCUUGUUAUAUUAUAUUGCUGGUAGCCUGUCAACAAUGUUCCGUGUUGAAUAUGCAUCUAAAGUUGAUGAGAACUUUGACUGUGUAGAGGCAGAUGAUGUUGAAGGCAAAAUUAGACAAAUCAUUCCACCUGGAUUUUGCACAAACACAAAUGAUUUUCUUUCGUUGCUGGAAAAAGAAGUUGAUUUCAAGCCAUUUGGAACUUUACUUCAUACAUACUCUGUUCUCAGUCCAACAGGAGGAGAAAACUUUACCUUUCAGAUUUAUAAGGCUGACAUGACAUGUAGAGGCUUUCGAGAAUAUCAUGAAAGGCUUCAGACCUUUUUGAUGUGGUUUAUUGAAACUGCUAGCUUUAUUGACGUGGAUGAUGAAAGAUGGCACUACUUUCUAGUAUUUGAGAAGUAUAAUAAGGAUGGAGCUACACUCUUUGCGACCGUAGGCUACAUGACAGUCUAUAAUUACUAUGUGUACCCAGACAAAACCCGGCCACGUGUAAGUCAGAUGCUGAUAUUGACUCCAUUUCAAGGUCAAGGCCAUGGUGCUCAACUUCUUGAAACAGUUCAUAGAUACUACAUUGCUUCUCCUUCUGUUCUUGAUAUUACAGCGGAAGAUCCAUCCAAAAGCUAUGUGAAAUUAAGAGACUUUGUGCUUGUGAAGCUUUGUCAAGAUUUGCCCUGUUUUUCCCGGGAAAAGUUAAUGCAAGGAUUCAAUGAAGACAUGGCAAUAGAGGCUCAACAGAAGUUCAAAAUAAAUAAGCAACAUGCCAGGCGGGUUUAUGAAAUUCUUCGACUACUGGUAACUGACAUGAGUGAUGCUGAACAGUAUAGAAGCUACAGACUGGAUAUAAAAAGACGAUUGAUUAGUCCAUAUAAGAAAAAACAGAGAGAUCUUGCUAAAAUGAGAAAAUGUCUGAGACCAGAAGAACUGACAAACCAGAUGAACCAAAUAGAAAUAAGCAUGCAGCAUGAACAGCUGGAAGAAAGCUUUCAGGAACUUGUGGAGGAUUAUCGACGUGUUAUUGAACGCCUUGCUCAAGAGUAGAGGUUAUACUUCUCUGUACAGGAAGUUGGCAAGUUUCUGUACAUGUGUUGUGAAAAAGCAGAUGAUGACUUUAAUUUUAAAAUCUUGUAACAUUUUACUUACAUUAAAAGUUAUCUAUCUUUAGUUGAAUAUUUUCUUUUGGAGAGAUUGUAUAUUUUAAAAUACUGUUUAGAGUCUAUGAGCAUAUAUUACAUUAAAAAAAGAUAUAGCUUCUGAAAUACCACUGCAAUUGCUUCCCUUCUUAAACAGUGUAAUAAAUGCUUAGUUGUAAUAUG